UGGGAGGGAAAGAGACUGUUGGUACGUCAGAUUGGUUUCUGAAGUGCUCACCACAACAGUGCGCGGCGAAGCCCAGCGAGGAGAAAUCAAAACCGAUGUUGAAAGCAUAGUUUCUUUUCCUUCCCCUUCAGCUGACUCUUGUUGUCUGUCUCUCUUUUUUUCUCUCUCUCUCUUUUUCUCGUUCUUUUUCCUGCUCUCUCACUCAACCACGGCGGCCACUUGCCAGAGGGCAGAAGUGUUAAGUGCUGCCACCCAGCCCGUUGUGCCCGUGUGUGUGUGUGUGUGUGUGUGUGUGCGUGCAUGUCAGUCGCACUGGCUCCAGUAUAGUGACUCCAAACACUAGUGACCUUAGCAGAAAAAAAGGCUCUCUCUCUGUUCCUCUCUCGUCCGCUCCCUCGUCAUGAAUACUCUCCCAGCUUAUUCGGGAGCCAGGAUAUCAGGAUGUUGGGCUCUCAGGUCAGAUGGCAGCGGCGGCGGUGAGGGCUCCCUCGACAGACUCCUCCCCGCUGUCAGCAGCGGCCUAUCGCCACGGAAACGGACCACCAGCCAGUGCAAGUCGGAGCCACCGCUUCUGAGGACGAGCAAGAGGACCAUCUACACCGCUGGGCGCCCGCCCUGGUACAACGAGCAUGGGACCCAGUCGAAGGAGGCCUUCGUCAUCGGCCUGUGCGGAGGCAGUGCCUCGGGUAAAACCACCGUGGCCCGCAAGAUCAUCGAGGCUCUGGACGUCCCCUGGGUGGUGCUCAUGUCCAUGGACUCCUUUUACAAGGUCCUCACCCCUGAGCAGCAGCUGUUAGCCGCUAGCAACGACUACAACUUUGACCACCCGGACGCCUUUGACUUCGGCCUGCUGGUCCCCACGCUACGCAAGCUCAAGAAGGGCAAGAGCGUGAAGAUUCCCGUGUACGACUUCACCACACACGGGCGACAGAAAGACUGGAAAACGGUGUACGGCGCCAGCGUGAUUAUUUUUGAAGGCAUCAUGUCUUUUGCCGAUAAGGAGUUACUCAAGCUCCUGGACAUGAAGAUCUUCGUGGACACCGACUCGGACAUCCGCCUGGUACGGAGGCUGCGGAGGGACAUCACGGAGCGCGGGAGGGAGAUCGAGGGCGUGAUCAAACAGUACAAUAAGUUUGUGAAGCCGGCCUUCGAACAGUACAUCGAGCCCACGAUGCGUCUGGCAGACAUUGUGGUACCCCGAGGUGGUCACAACAUGGUGGCCAUCGACCUGAUCGUUCAGCACGUCCACAGUCAGCUGGAGGAGAGGAAGCUCCGCUGGGAUAUGGCUGCACUGGCCUCUGCUCAUCAGGCUCAGCCCCUCCCCCGGACCCUCAGUGUCCUGGAAAACACGCCUCAGGUCAGGGGCAUGCACACCAUCAUCAGGAAUAAAGAGACGAGCCGAGAUGAGUUCAUCUUCUACUCCAAACGGCUGAUGAGGCUGCUGAUCGAACGCGCCCUCUCCUUCCUGCCCACUCAGACACACAUUGUUCAGACCCCUCAAGGACAGGACUAUGAAGGGCAGACUUUCCAUGGAAAACAGAUCACCGGCGUCUCCAUCUUGAGGGCGGGCGAGACUAUGGAGCCAGCGCUGAGGGCCGUGUGCAAGGACGUCCGCAUCGGCAAGAUCCUCAUCCAGACCAAUCAGGACACAGGCGAGCCAGAGCUGCACUAUCUGCGUCUGCCCAAAGACCUGAGUGAGGACCACGUUAUCCUCAUGGACUGCACCGUGUCCACGGGCGCCGCCGCCAUGAUGGCCAUCCGCGUCCUACUGGACCAUGACGUGCAGGAGGAGAAGAUCCUGCUGGUCUCUCUGCUCAUGGCUGAGAUGGGGGUACACUCUGUGGCCUACGCCUUCCCCGAGGUCAAGAUCAUCACCACCGCCGUCGACAAGAAGGUCAACGACCUCUUCCACAUCAUCCCCGGCAUAGGUAACUUUGGGGAUCGUUACUUCGGUACUGAUGCUCCCCCCGACUGGAGUGACGAGGAGCUGGACGAGCCCAGUUAUUGAGCGACCCAUCACCUUGGUAACACAGGGAGCGAGGUUUCUAUGGAGAGGGGGGGGCAGGUUCAGCCCCCCCCUGUCCGGCAGCUAGACGGACCCACACCAUGGGACCACCACUGUUUCCUGACAUCCAGCUGGGAAAUACAGGCAUGGGUUUGGGCUCGAAACAAAGAACAAUCACUCACUGUAUACUGUUUUUGCUUCUUUUCACAUUUGUGAGAAAAACAAAUGUUUUAUGAGAAAUCUUUGUAUAUAUUUUAAAUUUUUACAAUCAUUGGUGGAAAUAUAUGUUUUUAUCUCUGUGGUCUAAAACGGUAUCACUUCAAGUGUUUCUUGGCGAUGGCGAAGAAGAGAAGUGAUGUCUUGCCUUACGCGUUACACAAACACGACGUCUCAUCAAAGACUUUUGGAGUGUGGUUUGGAAAAACGAGUGAAUUGGCGACUGCUGAAUGUCAAUCUUUUUUUUUUUUUGGGUUGUUGUAGCUGACUCUUGUUUGAGCUGCAUUUUCUGUUGCCUUUUUUUUACAUCUCUGAAGAAGUUGACCUUUUUUAGAAGCAGCCGUGCCGUUUGUUGUCGAGAUGUGCACAAGAGAGAGGC